GUGCAGGUCGGUCCUCCGAGGCCAUCUUCUUUCAGACUCUAAUCCGAUCAGAAUUUUGGGAUUAUGCCACCAAGACAAAAGAACCAGAAUCCCUCGGGACUUGGUCGAGCUAUCAUCAAUAAAAAGUUCAAGGAUGCCAAGGAAAGACAAGAGUCCGGCCUUUAUACAACCGAAGUUGACUCGACAACCCGCCUUAAAUCUGUUACGCAGGAGAGAGAUCUAGAUGAAUUCCUGAACACAGCACAGUUGGCGGGCACAGAGUUUACGGCGGAACGACGAAAUGUGAAGAUUAUCCAGUCGCCUGCAGGAUCAACACACAAUCCCCAUCUUCUCACCGAUCAGGAAGAGGAGUCGACUUUGAAGAAGCACCAGCUGAAUAAGGAGCGACUCAGGGUGCCCAGAAGACCUCCAUGGACGAAAGCAAUCACAACAUCACAAUUAGACCGACAAGAGAAAGACGCCUUCCUCGAGUGGCGAAGAGGGCUCGCUCAACUUCAGGAGGAGGAUAAAUUUCUGUUAACGCCAUUCGAACGCAAUCUCGAAGUUUGGAGGCAAUUGUGGCGUGUCUUGGAGCGAUCACAUCUAGUCGUGCAAAUCGUAGAUGCUCGCAAUCCGCUAAGAUUUAGGUGCGAGGAUCUCGAGUCGUAUGUCAAAGACGUGGAAGGUGCGGAAGGCGAGGCGGGUACAGGAAGAGAUAAGCGCAGAACUCUCCUGUUGAUCAAUAAGGCCGAUCUACUCACUGCGACACAAAGGCGCAUAUGGGCAGAUUAUUUUGAUGGUCAAGGGAUACAAUACGCAUUUUUCUCCGCUGCGAAUGCUGCUGCAUUACAGCAAGCCCGCCGGGAUGCUAUUGCUCAGGCCGAAGAGGAGCAACUGCAUGAGGAUAAUCAAGACGAAGCUUCACUGUCCGAUUCAGAUGGUCCGGAUACGCCCAGCGACGAUGUCAGUGAUGAUGACUUCGCAAAAGAGUCGGUGCCGGAAUCGUCGCCUCACUCCGACAGCGACACGGACGACGAACAUCAGUACGUUCACACAGAGGAAGAUAGUCCCGACGGAAAAGAUCCUCGUACCAAAGUUCUCUCAGUGUUGGAGCUCGAAGAUCUCUUCGUCACAGCUGCUCCAGAUCUAUCAAUAUUUGCUGGCCCGUCUGGGGAACCUCCAACAAAACUAGUGGUUGGGCUUGUCGGCUAUCCCAAUGUUGGUAAAUCCAGCACAAUCAACGCCCUUCUUGGAGAAAAAAAAGUCUCCGUCUCCUCUACUCCUGGAAAGACAAAGCACUUUCAAACUAUCCAUCUCUCCCCAGCGAUAGUACUUUGCGACUGUCCUGGGUUGGUAUUCCCUCAAUUUGCGACGACCAAAGCCGCACUGGUUUGUGACGGUGUGUUACCAAUUGACCAAAUGAGGGAAUAUUCUGGUCCAGUAGCCCUGGUAGCCAAGCGAUUACCAAAGGAGGUGCUUGAAGCGACUUACGGUUUGACUGUUAAAUUCAAGGGCGUAGAAGAGGGGGGUGACGGAAAGAUCACUGCGGAGGACUUCUUGAUCGCUUAUGCGAUUGCUCGAGGGUUCAUGCGGUCUGGCCAAGGUAAUCCAGACGAGGCACGAGCAGCACGAUAUGUCCUAAAGGACUAUGUCAACGGGAAGCUACUUUUCUGCCACUCACCGCCGGGCACGCCUGAGGAAUCUUUCAACCAAACAACCCACGAACUAUCGCUGCUGCGAGUGACGGGAAAGAAACGUGCACCCGUCACAAGAGUUGGAAAAGGCGCGGAUACAUUCGUGCCUGCCAAUCCGUCUCCCAUACUUGUUGCUCAAGGGCAGGGGCUGAAAUCUCAAGCUCUUGACCAAGACUUCUUUGCUCAUAAUUCGAAUUUAUCAGCACGGGCAUUUCUACAAGGUACAUCUCGUAACGGGCAGGAGUUCUCGAGGGGAAGAAUAUAUCCUCAUCAAAAUAUGGUGGCUGAUGAUGGUACUCCAUUGGGACAUGGGAGCGCGAAACAGGCCGCUGUGUCGGCGAGUGCUAGUAGUGUUGGGAAGAAGCAUAACAAAAAGAACAAGCGAGUGAAGCAGAGGAGUGGCAAGGGAUAUGAUUGAUGCCUAACACGCUGGUGGAACACACAUUUAUCUAUUAAGAGGACUGUUGAGAGUGGUCGGGUCAAAUUCCAAAAGUAGCAAUGACCCCUCUGCAGUUCGAUAAAUGUCUCGAGCCGCAUCUACGUUGCUUCUUGUUUCUUCUCUAAAUCUACCAAGCAUGGAAACACAGACACGCUCCCUAGGACCGACUCAGCCUGUACCUUCGUUUGUCUCUUCAAAGUCAGCACGUUCGCAGACUUUAUCAAGAUCGGAUGUAUGCGCCAAAUUUGUUACAACGACCGCGGA